AAGAAAAAAAAUCUUUUUAUCAAAAAUGUCAUAAAGACCACCUGCACCAUCAAGUAAAAAUACUAUUCUCUACAUUUCUAGAUCAACCUCCUCAACAAAGAUAAGCACCAUAAUAAUAUCAACCUCCUUAAUAUGCUCCAUAAUAUGCUCCAUAAUAUGCUCCACAAUAUGCUCCAUAAUAUUCACCUGCCCCAUUAGCCACUUAUCCAGCCUAAUAUGCUCCAGCAUAAUAUGCUCCUGUUGCUCCAUUAACAUACAGUGUUGCUAGACCAGUUGCUCCAGUCGUUGCUUAACCAGUUGUUGCUUAACCUGUUGUUGCUUAACCAGUUAUUGCUUAACCAGUUUUACAAUAAUCUGUUAUUGCUUAACCAGUUGUUUAACAAUCAGUUCAUGUAAGAAAAAAAAUUCAAAUUUAAAUUAGGCAACAAUCAAGGGAGAAUCAAGAAUUGAAUAUGUCCCAUACUAAAAGGCUGUUAUGGAAUAUGAAGAACAAGAAGUUGUUUAAUAUGUCCCAAGAGAAAGAAAAGUCACAGAUUAUUAUGCAGUUGAAUAUUAAACAGAAUACGUCCCAUAAGUAUUCUAAGAGAAAUACACAGGUAAAUAUAAUUAAAUUAAAAUUAUUAGAAUAUGUUCCAGUCGACAGAUAUUAAGAAAGAGUUGAAUAUUAUCCAGUUGAAAGAUAAGUUGUUCAUGUAAUUAUUUCUUUAAUAUACUUUUUAGUAAUAAGUUGUUCAAUAACCAGUUGUGUAAUAAGUUGUUUAACAACCAGUUGUCUAAUAAGUGGUCUAAUAACCAAUUGUUUAAACAGUUGCACCAUAACCAGUUGUUCAAUAAUACGUAUAAUAACCAGUCAGUGUUGUUUAACCAGUAUAAACCUAUCCAGUCUAAUAUGCUGCUCCAAUUGUUUCAUCAAGAGUGAUUCCAUCAUACCCAACAUAUCCAUAAUAUCCUUAAUAUCAACCAGCACCAUAAUAGGUUUAAUAAUAAGCUCCCCCCAGAUCAAAUUUGAACAAUAACAUUUGAUAAAUUAUAAGUACAUCAUAAAUAAAUAAUUUUGUUU